UUUGUCCGUGAAUGUAAAAAAGUGUCAUGGCGGCUGCUAGCUGUCAGGCACUUUCAGAACAUAAGAAGAUGAAAUUAAAACUUACAUUUUCAAUUUGUUUUCAGUGAUAAUAUCGCGUAAUAUAAUAUAUAUAUACAGUAACUGCCCGCGUGUGUGUGUGUGCAUGUUGUUUUUUUUAACGAGCAGUGCUCGUUUAAAAGUUGAAAAAAAUAAUGGGAAGAGAUGGGGAGACGUCUAAACGAAGACGGUAUUAGCGAUCGUACUGAAUUACUGUUAUCAACAUUAUCGCAAGAAAUAACAUAUUCCGCUUCCGCCGCAAUGGUGGAAUCGCGGUCGCGUGCAACUCGUCUUCGUGGAAUUGUCGGCAUUUGUCUUCUUCUCGCAUUAACUGGAAUCGUUUAUCUUGGAUAUUUUUGUCCCGAUCACGUGUGCGCGCUAACUAAUCGCGAUCCUAAAGAACCCGCGAGAAUUAUUGGUAUAAAUCCAUCGGCUGAAAUUAUUAGCAAUUCUAUUGGAAUUUUAGAAUCGCGCACAAAUUUUCGUCUUCAAAGCGUUCCCGGUAGUCUUGGUUAUGAUGAUCUUUUUACCAAUGAUUCCUCACAAUUUGACAUUAAUGCACACGACGUUAUGGUUUUUCUUCAUAUUCAAAAGACUGGUGGAACAUUAUUUGGCAAGCACUUGGUGCGAGACUUGGAUCUUCAAAGACAGUGCUCAUGCCAAAGACGUCGUAAACGUUGCUUUUGCUUCCGUCCAAAUCGAAAUGAAAAUUGGCUAUUCUCAAGAUAUUCCACUGGAUGGAAAUGUGGACUUCACGCUGAUUGGACUGAGUUGACCGGAUGUGUUGAUAGUGAAUUAAACAAAAUCGAAGGCAACGUGAAAAGACGUUAUUUCUACGUGACAAUCAUCAGAGAUCCGGUGGCAAGAUAUCUUUCUGAAUUUAAACACGUCCAAAGGGGUGCCACGUGGAAAGGGGCACGUCAUUGGUGUGCUGGAAUACAAGCAAAUAUUCCCCAAUGUUACUCGGGUCCUAACUGGGACGGAGUUACAUUAGAUCAGUUUAUAGCUUGUCCUCACAAUUUGGCGAGUAACAGACAAACAAGAAUGUUAGCAGAUCUUUCUUUAAUUGGCUGUUACAACUCGUCAAUGAGUAGUGCAGAGAGGGAUCGAAUUAUGUUAGAUAGUGCAAAGCACAAUUUGCAAUUUAUGCCAUUUUUCAUGCUCACUGAAUAUCAAAAGGUUGGCCAAUAUUCAUUUGAAGAAACGUUUGGAAUGCGUUUUGCGGUGGCUUUUGAACAGCACAAUACAACAUUAAGCGCAUCAACAUUAUCAACAUUAACCUCAAUGCAAUUAGAAUCAAUUCGUCGUCUAAAUAAAUUAGAUCUUGAAUUAUAUGCUUAUGCAAAAACUGUUGCUUUCCAACGUUUUCGUCAAUUACGCGAUCGUGAUCCACAUUUUGUUCAAAGAUUUCAACAUUUGGGUGAGUUACCCUCUAGACAAAGUGUUACCGAAUUUAACUGGGACUCAGUUAUCGAAGAGACAACGGAUAAUGACUGAAAGCUUCUAAGUGAUUCAAAUUAGAAUUUUUUUUAGACUAAGAAAAAUUUCAAAAAAAAAAAAAACCCCGGCAAAAUUUCCAAAUUGAAAACAUUUUUUCUUUUUUUUUUUUUCAAAAGAAAUGUUUUACUCUCUGGAAAUUAAUGCCAUUGAUUGAUAACCAAAUACCAAAGAGUCACGAACAAAUUAAAAGAAAGAGAAAAAAGAAAAUAACGUGACUAGUUGUAGCUUCGUAGAUUUUAAGUGUUUUCUCUUUAUAAAAUUAAUCUCUCGACACGUUAUUAAUUUUUCACCAGUGUUCUUCCAUAUACGACAUAUCUUUAUUCGUUUUUUAGUGAUAAUAAUUGUUAAAAGAAAAUUUAAUUUUCUUUUUAAUAAUCAUUCUUUUUAAAUUAAUAUUUCGAUUUUUUGUAAUCGAAAUUAAGUUCGAUUGGUAAUUUACCAACAAUCGUUUUCUAAAGUAAGUUAUUAAACUGACGAUAAAAAUAUCCACUUUUUAGGGAUAAUAAAAUCGGUUUUGUUAUUUUUUUUAUA